AGUUAAUGAAUUCUGGACAGAAUUUUCACAAAAAUUAAGCCACAAUCUUUGCUCAGUGUACCUUAAUUGCUUACGGGUAACACCGAGCGCACUAUAUUAUUUUCUCUCGAAUCGCGACAAUCCGAUAAAAAUGAUUGAAUUUGGUCGACAUGUUUACCUUUGUGAUCAACAUUUAGAAGUUAUUCUUGAUUGUUACCGAUUGUGGCAAGUUUCUGUAACUAUUUACUCCCGAUCUUUUAAGAGAAUGGAAAAAUUCGAUUCAUCUUUGGUAAAACAACUUGAAGAAUGGGCGAGACUUGUGCCGUCUAAAGGAUUUCGCGGGUAUCACCCUUUUUAUAGAUAUUAA